AGAUGGAGGCAGCCGCAGGGCCCGGGGGAGGCGCUGGGGCUGCGGGAGGCCUCUGUGGCGCACCGGGAAUUACCAAGGGCAACGGGGAGGGGGACUGAGGGGAGCCGGGGGGAGGCCACAUCCUGUGCUGGCGCUGAGCAGACCCCCCGGCCUGCCUGUGCUGGGCGAGUGCGGGAUGGGGGCGUCCGGGAAUUGGGGGGAGGGUAUCGAGUUUGGGAGGGCACAAUGUGCGCUGAGCCCCCCGUCCGCAGGGCGCGCCGGGGCGCUGAGCCCGGCGGUGCAGCUGCCGGCGCUGCGGCGGCGCCUGGGCCUCCCCGCCGUGCUCCGUAUGGUGAAGGCUCCUGCCAGGGAAUGCUCUGGCCUCAUCCUCCUGUCUGGCUGCCAUCGUGCCACUGAGGAGCUCCAGCGGUUCUUCACCAGUGCCCGCCGGCGAGGCCAGUACCCGUGUACUGGUGGUGCUGCAGGUGGCGCCGGUGUCGGGAUGUGGCAGCCUGGCCAGGAAGGACAUGAAAAACACCCUGACACGGUACCAGGUACUGGGGGCCACAGGGGGCUGUACCCUGCUCCAGCUCCAGCCCAAGAUGGGUACAUGGCUGGGGUUCUUCUUGUGGUCCAGGACCAUGCGCAGCAUGUCGCACAGGAUGGCGGUGCAAAGCUGCCGGGUCACUGCCGAGCAGGGCGCCAUGGGUGGAUUGGUGUUGAUCUCCAGCAGCCAGGGCUGGCAAUCCUCCCCGAACAUAAAGUUGGCUCCAUAGAGCUCGAAGCCACCCUUGCGGGACCCCACCAGCUCCUGCGUGCUUUGCAGGGAAACCACCACCACCUCCGUCGUGCUGGGGACGAUCACCUUCUCCCAGGCCUCUGUAUGCCCUGCUCACUGCAGGCACAGCUGGAACUGCUGGCUGGACCAGAUCAGGUUGCGAGGCAGUUUGGGGUGCCAGUCCCCAGCCAGCCUCCACCACUUCUGGAUGGUGACAUUGCAGAGGUGCCAGGAACUGGCGUGGGGAGAGCAGGGACGGGUCAGCGGGGUGCCAAGGUGCCCGGUGUGUGGCGCUGGGGUGGGGGGCACUCACUGGUGCAGGCGGUGCAGGUAGAAGGGCCAGGAGCAGAAGCACAUGUAGCUGUCGCGAUAAAGCCAGAUGGUGAGCAGGUUCCAGCUGGUCAGCAGAAACCAUUGCUGUGAGUCGAACUUGGUGCCCAAGAUGAGCAGCGGCUGCUCCACGUACUUCUGCACGACCCAUUCUCCCGGCCGCACCGAGGGCACUGCGCAUUUCCCCACCACCUCCCACACCUCCUCCAGCUGCGCCAAGCAUGUGAUGCCUGCGAGGGGGGACACACGGCGCUGGUGAGACCCCUCCUCACCGGGGAGCCUGUGCCCAAACCCCCUUUUCCCACUGGCUUCACCUCCACUGCAGGACAUGGCUCCGCGCCUGAUGAUCCACAGGUUGUAGUCACCCUCCAUGCGGAACUGGGGCAGCUGCUGCAGCCCUGCUGCAGCCCUGCUGCAGGAUGCUGGGUGCCAGCCUGGCCUGAUCGCUGCAGGGUGGUGACACGGGGGGCUCAGCACCAGCACUGCCAUGCUGCAUGGCCCCCCCCAACCUGUCCUGCCCCGCACACAUGGCACCACACGGUAGUACUCCUGCAGGAAGCAGCCCCAGUCAGCAUCGGUGACGGGGAGCAUCAGGGAGUCCCAGUCGAUGUCGUGGUGCUCCAGCCUGUCCAGCUGCCUCCUGCAGAUCUCCAGCGAGGACCCCAGCAGCUAGGGGAGUGAUGGGAAUGCUGGACCUGUAGGGGUGGCAUGGGCUGAGGGACAUGGCUCCUGGAGACACAUGGGAUGCAUGGCUUUGGGUGCACUGGGGUCCCAAGCCACAGCCUCAAGCAGCGGCUCAGCCUACAGCCAUGGCCCUGAGCCUGAGCUCCUCACCAUCCUCACCAGGCUCAUCUCCACACACUUACCUAUCCCCUUGCCAGGUCACUCCAUCAACCCUGGCAUGUCCCCAGGCUUCUCCAUAGCCAGUUUGAGCAGGCUGUGCGCUGCCAUCAGGUGGAAAUCCUCUGCAAAGCAUUUGAAUUGUUGUCACCCUGUCCUGCCCAGGACAUGAGGGGACCUGCGACAUGGCGGGGGGGGAGAAAGGCAACAGUCCCAGCUCACUGAUGAAGGCUUGGCGCUCAUCCUCAGCCCCCAGCCAGUGGCACCGCGGGAAGAAGGUGGUGGGAUCGGCUUGGUGGAACCAGGGCAGGUUUUGGAGAUUGAGGCACAGCCCCGCCUGUGUGAAUGGACAAAGGGUGACAGUCGGUCCUGGAGCCACUGCCACCCCUGUUCAUCCCCAGCACCAUGUCGCCGGCGUCUCCAGGCUCUCACCGUGGUCGUGAAGGCUCUGAUGCCGGUGAAGUGGUUCACCAUCUGGUCCCACUGCAGCUUCCUAUAGUUCACAGUAUUGUACUGGCUGGUCCAAAUCAAGGAGGCUCCAGGAUCUCCACUGUGGGCUGAGCCCAGCAAGAUGCCGACCCUGGCUCUGGAUGCAGCGCUGCUUCCCACUGCUCAUCACCACCAUCCUCCUCAUCCUCCUCCUCCAGCAGCUUCUGAGUGUCCUGUUGCUGCCCCGAGCGGAUGCCCACCCCAACGAUGCUGGAGAACUUCUUCCCCACCCAGCCCCGUGCCCACAGCAGCUUGCAGAUGACAGGGUAAGGGCCCUGCACCGAGGAGAUCUCCUGGAUAGGGAUGCGAGCACUCAGCCAUAAAUGCAGUAAACACGUAUCCAUGG